UUCACAGCGUGGUUUCCCUGGCAACGACAUUACGCUGAUAUUUAUUUAUUCAGCAACAUGGACAUCCAAGAGCGAACUAAGACAGAUGUCCGGGGCUUUGGAGACAUAGUUGACAUGGAGGAGGAACACUUCGCUGCUUCCAGCUCCUCAGCUGCAGAAACAGCCUUUGAUAAUAUUAUUGGCCUUAUAGAAGACAUCAUCAUGGAGGAGGAGUUCCAGCAGUGUCAGCAAAGCUUCAUGGAGAAAUACUACAUGGAGUUUGAAGAUUCGGAAGAAAACCAGCUGAGCUACACACCCAUCUUCAAUGAAUACGUGAACCUGCUGGAAAAACAUCUGGAGCAGCAGCUGGUGGAGAGGAUCCCCGGCUUCCACAUGAACACCUUCAUCGAGCUGUUUAUGCAGCACAAAGACAAAGUGUCAGACGACAUCCUGAACAUGCUGCUGACCUUCACGGACUUCAUGGCCUUCAAGGAGAUGUUUCUGGAGUACAGAGCUGAGAAAGAAGGCCGCAAUCCCGACCUGAGUCAGUGCCUGGUGAUCACAUCGGCGAUCUCCUCGGGCUCCGAACACUCCGGCUCUGCUGACCUGCAGUGAUUCACGCUCUCCAAAGAGAAAACAAACACUGGGAUUGCCUCGUCCGCCACACGUCUGUGUAAAUGUUACGGUUCCAGCCUUCCCGAUCGGUUCCUCACUCACAGGUUUUGAAGAGGCGAUCUUCGUGUAGUGGAAGCUGUCGACAGAAUAAACAAGUAUUUUCUUUAAUGAAAUUAAAUAUGUCAGCAGAACUGAUAUAUAUGUUUUAUGACGUUGUAAAUGAUUUUGUGAACUUGAUACCUGUGAAAGUGAUUUGUGAUUAGCUUUUGGUACGAUGUUCAAAGUUUUUUCUGCUUGUUUAGAGAAACCUGAACGUUUUCAUGCAGACGGUUUAUUUACGUCACUUUUAAAACACUGCGGUGUCACAUUUGUAUAAAAAGAUGACAACGUUUUCAAAUAAACAGAUAAAA